GACAAAACACUUGUCACCAGGCAUAACGGUGCUGAGUAGAUAGGAGUGUGUACAUGCUAGUUAAGUUAACAAACCAUUUGUAACAUACGAAUGUAUACUGUCGUUUUUAAUUUAUUGCCAACACUUUCCCAUCACAGUAAGUCUGUGACAAACAGGUAUCUACUGCUAGUCUCUUAGCGACGUUUCAUAUCCGAGGGUGUCCGAUUUCCCCUCUUCAGAGGCAUUGCGAUGCCCUCUGAUUUCAUAUCCAUUUUCAGCGCGGACCUCGACCUGAAUUCCCCCAAAUCCUUAUAUUCCAAAGAGUCGGUGUAUGACCUUCUCCCCAGAGAGCUGCAGCUGCCGUCGUCCACUCAGCAGAACCCAGCAGCCAUGAGUCAGAAAAGUGGCGGAGAGGCGGGGCCUCCCCCUUCAGCUGCCCUUGCCUCAGAUGCCACCACCAACUCCUCUGCUCUGACCAUGGGAGGCCCCCGCAGUGCUUUUCCCACCUCUUCCAGCUCCACCGUGCUCUCCACGACCUCGGGCAGCGAGGACACCUCCUCUCACACCAGCGGCGCCUCCCCCGAGGAAGCUGGCUGCAGCCGAGGGGUGACGGAGAUGUUAGGCACCGAGGGUGGAGCGAGCGGCGUCCGGAGUGCCGGGGGCAGCAGGGCUGGCAGCGAGAAGGGAGGCGGGGCCGGACCCGUCAGUGGAGGAGGAGGAGGAGGAGCGAGAGGGCCGACGUCCCAGGAGGCCCAGCAGCAUCACCAGAUGACCCCCUCCAAGCGGCGGACGGUCCUGAACAUCUCGCCCCCUCCGGAGGACCUGUUUGACGACAGCCGCAUGUCGUGCCAGGAGGAGCCGCCGCUGGACUCUGAGCAGAGCAACAGCAUCUGGAUGGACGACUCGGCCUCGAACUUCAGCAUCGUCAGCUCCAGCUCCUACAACGACAACACAGAGGUCCCCCGCAAGUCCCGCAAGCGCACCCCCCGCCAGCGGCCCGGUCCGAAGCACGCCCCAAAGGAGGAGACCAGCAUGGACGUGUUUGACGCAGAUAGUGCCAAAGGGCCACACUUUGUCCUCUCACAGCUGGGCCCAGACAGCAAGGCCUGCCCCAAAGGAAGCUCACCGGACGGGCCCCAGACGCCCAUCCAGAAAGGAGGCGUCCUGUCGUGUCAGUACCCUCAGAAGAGUGAAGGGAAGGAGCUGAAGAUCCUGGUGCAGCCGGAGACACAGCACCGCGCUCGCUACCUGACGGAGGGCAGCCGCGGGUCCGUCAAGGACCGCACCCAGCAGGGCUUCCCCACCAUCAAGCUCGAGGGGGUGAAUGAGCCGGUGCUGCUCCAGGUGUUUGUGGCCAACGACACGGGCCGCGUCAAGCCUCACGGCUUCUACCAAGCGUGCCGGGUCACGGGGCGCAACACCACAGCCUGCAAGGAGGUGGACAUCGAAGGCACCACAGUCAUAGAGGUGUCCCUGGAGCCCAGCAACAGCAUGACCCUGGCGGUGGACUGCGUGGGGAUCCUAAAGCUCCGUAACGCUGACGUGGAGGCUCGCAUCGGGGUGGCCGGCUCCAAGAAGAAGAGCACGCGUGCCCGGCUGGUGUUCCGGGUCAACAUCCCCCGGCCCGACGGGACCAUGAUCACGCUCCAAACCCCGUCCUCCCCCAUCCUCUGCACCCAGCCUGCUGGGGUGCCUGAGAUCCUGAAGAAGUCUCUCCACAGCUGUUGCGUGAGGGGCGGGGACGAGGUGUUCAUCAUCGGCAAGAACUUCCUGAAGGACACCAAAGUCGUAUUCCAGGAGAAUGUAUCAGAUGACAAGUCUUGGAAGGCAGAGGCUGAAAUAGACAUGGAGCUGUUUCAUCAGAAUCACUUGAUAGUGAAGGUUCCUCCAUACCAGAACCCCAGCGUCACUUCCGCUGUGUGCGUGGGGAUUUACGUGGUGACCAAUGCUGGAAGAUCUCACGAUGUCCAGUCCUUUACCUAUACUCCAGACCCAGCAGGGAUAAGUGUGGAUGUGUCUGUGAAGAAAGAGGUUCCUUCUCCAGUCAAACCAUGUCCUUACGAUGAACGAAUGAAAGUUAUCGACAGUGCCUUGAUGCCCUCGAUGUUGCCUUUAGUGAAGAGAGAAGAGGUCACUCCAAUGGAGGUUUCUAGCAACAUCCAACCAGCUGCAGUUUUCAAGCAGACCUCGGAUGUGUUGUGCCCGGCCCAGCAAACCCUGGACAUGAGCUCCAGUCUACCGGCCAACAGUAGCCCGUUCUCCAACUCCCUGCUCCGGCCUACAGGAGACCCCGACAACUCCCAAGCAGCGGUUUUCUCCAGUGGAGAGGCGCUAAGCACCAUCCAGAAGCAGGACAUCGCACCCCCCAGCUCCUUCCCCGUGCCCGCAGACCCUCUGCUGCAGCAGGGCAGGCCAGGCAGCAGUGCUGGGGCCUUGGGCCGCAUGUGUGGAGAUCCAGCCCCCCAGCAGCACCAGCUUCCCCUCCUACCCCCAGAUGAGGUGGCCCAGCUGGAGCAGGCGGUGCGACAACUGCAGGCCAAGGGCUUCUGCAGCCUGCCACUGCAGUCAGAGACCUCCAUGACCAAGCAGCAGCAACGGCAACAACAGCUCCAACAGCAGCAACAACUGCAGCAGCAACAACACAUACAACAGCAUCAACAACAACAAAUACAACAGCAACAACAAAUACAACAGCAACAGCAAAUACAACAGCAACAGCAAAUACAACAGCAACAGCAAAUGCAACAGCAACAACAGAUGCAACAACAACAGCAAAUACAACAGCAGCAACAAAUUCAGCAGCAUCAGAUUCAACAGCAGCAGCAGCAACAGCAGCUCCAGCAGCAGCAGCAGCAACAGCAGGUCCUGGAGAACCUCCAGCUGUUCCAGUCUCAGAUCCCCAUGCAGUGCGGCAUGUUCCAGGGAGGAUCUCGAGAUGAAUCCUCUGAGCAACAGGGUUCUCCUCAGAGCAUGGUGCAGAACCACGGAUCCCUCUUUCAGCAGGCCCAGCAGCAACAACAGCAACAGAAGCAGCAGCAGCAGCAAGCGGCACUAUUUCAACAAGCCAAUGAGCUCCUCUCCAUUCAGACCAACUUUCUCCAACAGACCCCUUCCCACCCCUCCCCACCCCUGUUUCACAACCCCAGUCCCCUGGCUGAGGCACAGGACCCGCAGGGGACGCUAUUUCACACCCAGAAAACCUCCCCCACCCAGGAGCAGGUGCAGGCAGCUCUCUUCCAGAACACCCUGACAGUUCUGAGUGGGACCAGCCUCUCUCCAGAGCAGCCUCCAUCCGCCCCGGGCCUGUUCCUCCCACAGAGCACUCUGCCUGCUCAGCUUGGUGCCGGGGGCAGCCAGCAGCAGCAGCUGGCCUUCCUCAGCGCCCUGCAGACCUCUGCCGCGGAGCCCCAGUCAGUGUUCCAGGCUCAGAGUCAGCUCUCGCCCAUCCAGCAGGGAACUCCCAUGGAGCAGCAGCAGCCCUCUCAACCUCAAGCCCAGCCACAGCCCCCCCAGCAGGGCUCCAUGUUCCAGAACAUCUCCCCUCACCCACCUGCGAACACCCUCUCUCCCAGCCAGCUGCAGCAGGCCGGGCUUCUAUUCUGCAGCAAUCCCCUCUCCACCCCAGAGCAGCCCUCCAGUCUCCUGUUUAGCCAGGCCCAGAUGCCCCCCAUGAGCAGCAGCAACCUGGCCUCUCAGGACUCCCAAAACCCCUCCAUGCUCUUCUCCCAGGCCAGCAUGGUGACCGUCAGCCAGCAGGAGGGCUCCGAGCCCAUGGCCUUCCAGAACCAGAGCUCAGUGGUGGGGAACACACAGGAGCCUCGGCAGCCGGGCUUGUUCCAGGAGCAGCAGCCGAUGCAGCUGGUCCCCAGCUCCAACAGAGGCCCUGAGCAGCCAGUCACCCUCUUCAUGCCCCAGUCCAACAUGGCCACCCUGCAGGGGGGCAUGGCCAACCAAGAUCUCCCUCCCACGGCCAUCUUCACCACGCAGAACGGUGUGGCGGGCCUGCAGACUACCACCUCCUCCCCAGUACAGCAACAAGGCUCCAUGUUCCAGACUGCUGUUGGAGGGAACCUCAGUCAGCCCAGCCAAGCUCAGCCGCCUGGCCUCUUCCUCUUUGGCAUCCAGAAUGAGUGCGGUCAACUGAUAAACACGCCAGGAAACACCCUGUCCGAUCAGAUUAUUGCCAUCAGUCAGUCUGGCCAGGACCAGAGAGAGAGUGAUGCCCAGAUCCAGUCCCUGCUCGACCAAUCCAUGUCUGAGUCCAGGAGCAUGCAGAGCAGCAUGACUGCAUCUCAGAACAUGGAGAAGAUAGAUGACCUGCUAGUUAGUCUUCAGGAGCAGGGCAACAACCUCACUCGUUCCUAUUAGGCCUGCAAUGGGUCUCUGUUAAAUCCUCUUUUGUGCCCUUGUUGUUUGGUGUGUGACAAAGAAAGGUUGUAGUUUGAACACGAUCAGACAUUUGCUGUUCAAAGCUAAAUGAAUUUAAUACCUGUAUGUUUUUAUGUAUGUUGACCUUCUGAGUGUGGUUAGUGGGAGUAAUGAACCAAACUCUAUGGUGGGCUUCUUUACCAACUGUAAGUUAUAUUCUGAAUGAAGUAUUGGUGAAGAGGAGAAGAGAAGUGCUUCUUGUAUCUGGACCUGGGUUUGGUGGGGAAAGAAAUGGCUAGAUGAUAUAGCUUUGUGGUGACAUUACACCAGUAUAAUAAAAUAGUUUGUUGUUGUAAGUCAGUCACCUCCAACUGUGAAUGAGACAUCUCCCACAUAGGAAUGUUUAGUUAACUCCGAAUCAGUUCUAAGUACAGCACUUUGAAACAUGGUUUUAUACAGAUGGUGCAAGCUAGCACAAAAUACUGUAUUCUCAAGGACCAGACUGUGGGUUCAUAAUAUCUUGUUGAUUUCCCUUUUUGUACGUAAGUAUUUUAGGAAAAAUUUCAUGACAGAAGAAAACAUACAGCUUAUCAAAAGAAGACAGUGUAAAGGUAUUUUUUACACGUUCCCUCAGCACUUUAUGAUGCUUUUCCAUUGAGACCAGUUACUCAUUAAGUUUGUAGCUUUUGGUUUAAUUUUAUAUUAUAUUCCUUGGCAGUGACCCACCUACAUUUUAAUCCACCCAUUCCUACAUGUGGGAUUAUUACACCAUAGAACUACUACCACUUUCUGGUAGAGUGGAAAUCCUUAUUGAAAAUCAUUAAUACCAACUGUAGUGUUCAUGCAUUUUCAUAUACACUUGUACCCAUAGCAUCCUUUUCCCAGAAUGCCUGGUUGUUUGUUGGAUGUACGUGUUUGAUGUCAUAACUGUUUUUAGAUACAGGUAGAUAUUGUGUUGUAUUGCAGUUAUUUUCCACUGCAGAUGUAUUUGCUCACGUCUGGCACGCAGGAGCUGGACUUGCAUCCAUACACAGAUCAGAAAGGAGGAAGGUUUUCCACCUGUUUCAGUGUGGAGGUGGCUUUGAAGAAUGUUGCCAUGUUACAGAAAGGCAGCCAUUCUUUGCUUUCAUCCAUUGGUCGGUUUCUCUUGCCAUGGUGCUACAUGCAGGAAUUGAGCCCAUCAACAGGCAUUUUAUCUUGGAAAAUGAAAUCAGUAUAAAAAUACUUAUACUUAUCUUAACUGUAAACUAACGACGUUCUUGCUUACAGUGGGCCCCAGUUGGCAACUGAGGGAGCACCUUUACUUGGUGAAUAGCCAGUUUUAUGGCUCAUACUGUAUUGAUGGUCGUUCUCCAAAGUGUUGUUUGUGACUCACCAUGACAGUGAGAAAGUAGACAGGAGUAGUUGUUUGUUAAAAUCCACCUUAUUGUGAUGUAGUUGGUAAAAUACAAUGUACUGCUGCCAAACUGGAAAUUUGUAUCACAAGUUGUCUUUUGUUUCUGGUCUGAAUCUGAGUAUGUGUGAACAAGGGGCUGAUCUAUGGUGAUGAUUAGCUCAGAGUGCCUUCAUCAUUCUCUCCUGAAGCUUUCCUCUAUCUCAGCGUUUCUUUAUAUUUACAAAAAAGCAGCUUUUUUCAAAUGGAGUGUGGUGAAUAUCCGUUUUAGUAAUGUGAUUGGUUGGGCCUUUGGUGUACCCCAACUCCCCAUCCCAGAGCUUGAGCUCUUUUAGAUAUUUAAGGGGGCCAACUCUUGAAGAAUGAAUUCUAAACCUGGUUUGGAGAAAAGAGCUGUCUGUGAUUGGCUUUCUUCAACUCUUGUGAAAUAGUAGUUAUUGUUUCCAGUAGUUAUGUCUAUUUAUGUGAUUUUUUUUUAUAGGAUUUACAAAUAUUUUAUCAUAACUUUUUUACUGGUGUAGUUUGUAUAACUAAAAAAAACUGAUAAAAUAUAGCAAAUGUAUUUGUGUGGUAGAUGUGUCUACAUGUGUUCCACAAUGUGUGCAACAAAUGACUGCUUUUAGUUUGUAAUUGCUAUGUAAUUGAGCUCUUUUAUGUAUUUGGCUUUUGGGUGACGUAUUUGUCCUGCAUAUCCUUUCAACUUCUAUCAAAUGGAUUUUGUGAUUUUAGAAGUUAAAAUGUACAAUUCAACCUAAUAGUAGCAUGUACAUUCCUGUACAUUUGAUUCCUUCUUUGAUUUUGGCCAGAUAGAUAUAUGACAAUAUUGACUUUAAGCAUGCUUUCUCAAACAUGCCACAAGAAUCAAACCCUUUCCAUUAUUUAAUGGAACAUUGACCCCUCAUCUAUGUGAUUAAGUAAUCAACCUCUUUCCAAAAUACAGCCUUUUAAAUCCUCAUGAACAGCUAUGCCAGUGCAAUAAAGCCAUACAGAAAAAAUGUUUAAGUAAAGAAAUAAGCCAUUUAUAACAAAACUAUUUAUAAAAAAGGUACACCAAUUGUAUGUACGGCAUCUAUCCAUCUCAAUAUUAGACCAGUUGUUAACGUUCUAUAUGUGAUAUAGAUGUGAACAUUUGAUACGAUAAACACUACAGUAAAUAGAAUGACGUGUGUGCUGUAGUACACAGUGACAUAUUUUCAAACAUAAGCAAAUCAAGAAACAUGUAUUCUUGAUUCUAUGACAUUGAAGCAUGACAUUUGAAGAUCAGGCAGGGGUAUUGCUUAUUAAUAUUGUACUUUUUCAGUAAAAGCUAUAUAUUUAUUAAAACCCUCUCAAGUAUUAAGGAAAAGGUUGAGAUACAUUGAUAACUCACCAUGUUAACUCGUAUCUUUCAACUCAAGGAAAACCAAAGCAGUUGGGAGACCAUUCUAGCUGUACUUGCACCUAGACUAACCAAUGAUGUAUAACAUCACCAAGUACAGCAAAUAUUUCAUAGAAAUAUCUAGUACAAGGACUACAUUAAAGGUGUAUACUUGUGCCUUGACAACCGUUUAUAGUAGGUACCUGAUUAUUAUUUUACCAUUGUUGCCUGUUAUUAUCCCUAGUAUCUUGCAAGCCAUAGACUCUUGUGCAUUGAUUGUGCUACAAAUGCCGCAAAGAUAUCAGUGACCAGAAAAAAAAGAAAUAUAAGUGUUGUGCAACUUUGUACAUCAGAUUUUUAUUUUGACAAAGAUAAUCAUUGCAAUUUUGUCGUACAAUGUCAGUGCAGAUGAAAUUUUGUCUCAAACUGCUAUGCAGUUUGACUCAAUGUAGAUGUAAAUCUGUUACUUUUUUAAUAGGCUAUAUAUAUUUUUAUAUCUAGUCUCUCUAGAUUCUUUAUUACAAAGAGGAAACUAAAAUAGAUGUUUUAAUUCUAUUAAUUAUUUAUGCAGCCUAAUUAAAUACGUUCUAUUCCUGUUUGGUACCAGGAAGGAUUUGGAUGAUUGGGAUUAUGUCACUUCAGACAAACACAGAUUACAAUCCAAACAUGUCUUCUAUUCACUUUUUAAGUGUCAUCCGCUUGUCCGUUCACAAACUGAUCUCUGUGUCUUAUCCUGUCUUGAUUUCAUGUAAAAGUCUGCUUGGUUCUCAAGAAAGGUGUGUGUGUGUAGAUUCUUUUUCUGUAUUUAGUGAACUUGUUGCUAGAGCAGAUAUGUUAUGAGGUUUUGGGAGGGGAAUGCAGAUCAUUAAUGGGUUUCUAGUAACCAUGUGAACAACCAUCAAAUAUCACCUUUGAGAAAUUAAAUCUAUAUAAAUGUAUUUUUGCUUUGUUGGGCAUUUGUAUACUCUUGCAGUAAUAUUUCUGUAAACCUGCUGCUAUCUAUAUUAAUAAAGAUAGAUGAUAUAUU